UUAAAAUGAGGUUAUGUUAGACAUUUGUAAACAAAAACGAAUCGUUGACAGGUGGCAAGUCACAAGUCACAAAAAUGAUAAAAAAACGGAAUUAUGCAUUUUUGUGAAACUUGAAGACACUACCUAAAUUGAUUAAUGCAUUUUCUUGUCCGGUUAGGUACACGUCAUUUGUAAAAAUUACAAAAAUUGGAGGAAUGGAUAUUACAAUACUUUUCAAGGCUUGUGUUAAGACUGUGAGGACGACGAAUAAGGCUUUAGGCCUGAAAGAGUCUAAACCGUCGCUUCCUAAGUCGGGUCCAAAGGACCCCAAUUUGGCGACUGCUAAAGAAGUAGUGAAGCAAAUCACGCAUCUCCAAACCUUUCUCUUAGAGAACAAAGCAGCUUAUUUGAACGUACUGAAUUAUUUAUCAACUAAUAAAACAAUGACGGAAGUUGACAGAGAGCAAAUAGACACAACUGCUGAAAAAAUCGUAAACGCUUGUACUUCGCUCAUUGGGGACUAUAAAAAAGAAAUUUCCAAAUUGCCAAAAAGCAAACAAAAAGAGGAACACUACCAAAACGUGGUCGACUCACUUGAACGCUAUUUGAAAUCCGUUAGUAAAAUAUACACUGAAGCUAAAGCAAUUCGCGUGAAACGCGUCUUAGAGACUCACAAAGUCGCCAAAUUGGAGACAAUUGGUGGUAAAGGGAAUUUGGAGCUUCCACCAGUUUCGCCUCCUCCUGUUGACAUCGAGGACCAAUUAUCAGUUGAAGAAAUGCAAAUGUUUGAAUCAGAAAACGAAAUGCUUUACAAUGAACUAAACUCAACAUCUGAGGAAGUCAAACAAAUGGAAAGCAAAGUUGUACACAUCGCCGAACUUCAGGAAUUAUUCACCGAAAAAGUUUUGCAACAGGAACAGGACAUUGAGAGAAUCGCCAACAACGUUGUGGGGGCUACAAGUAACAUGCGAGACGCUAAUGAACAAAUCAGGCAGGCGAUUCAAAGGAACGCAGGAUUGAGGGUGUGGGUUUUGUUUUUUCUUCUAGUUAUGUCGUUUUCGUUACUGUUUCUGGAUUGGUAUAACGAUUAAUAAUAAAACCUACAGAAAAAAUAAAUUUAUUUUUAUAAUAAAAAACAAAAGCAGAUAUAUUUUUGUAUAACUCGGUAAUAAAGAAAAUUUCUCUUAAUUAACAUUAAA